AUGCCCCAAUCAUAGUAUUCAAAUUAAUCAAAGAUUUCUAAGCAAUCAAAGAAAUCAGGUGUUUCUAAGCCAUCAUAUGUUGAUGAGUCACUUUUCGGUAAUAAUAAAAAGAAAGCAGGAAGCAAAGCAGGGGAAACCCAAGCUGCCCCAGUGGUUGACAAGGACGAACUAAGAGAUAUCAGAAAGAAAACUGAAAAGGGACAAAAAUCUGAUGCAAUCGUUAUUACUCAGAACGAGUUGGAGCGUAUGAAGGCUUCUACUAAGAUCUAGACCAAGGAAUAAGAGUCACAACACCGCAAAAUCCUUGAAGAACAAAAAGACUAAUAGAUGGCUGAAGCAAAGGCAAGAAAACAACGUAUGCUUGAAAUGGACAGAGAGCGUGCUAACAAAAUUCCACCAACUGAGUAUCAACAAAUCACCAAGGAGAAAAAUGAAACUCUUCUUACCAAAGCUCAGUAAAUGCUAGAUGAGGAGCAUGAUGAUGUCAAGCACAUGAACUAGAUGAUGCUUUACUCUAAAGUAGUAACAAUCAGAGAUAGAUAAAAGGAGGAGUAAAAGAGAUUAGAGGAAGAGUGGAUUGAAGAGCAAAAGAGACUUGACCUUAUGAUGGAAAUUGAAAGAUUGAAGUCUCUCUAACUCUAGGAAGAAAGAGAGUCAAAGAGAAAGGAUGCCCAAAAGCAAGGAUCUCUAGUCAUCAUUGAUCAAAUUAAAGAAAGAGAAAUGGAAAGAAUAAAGGAAUAAGAGAUGAGAGAACGUGAAAUGCAACAAAUGUUGAGAUAAAUUGAGGCCUUAAAAUCAGAGGAAGUCAGAUAAGCAAUGGAAAAGAAGGAUAGAGUUAAUAAACUCAUGUCAGAGGUCGAAGAUGCUAACAAAAAAGCUAUUCAUGUAAAAGAAGAAAAGAAAGUUGAGGAAAAGUAAUUGGAAAUGAAGAUUGUUGAUUAUAACCGUCAAAAGGCACUUAGAGAGGAGGAAUAACUCGCUGAGGCUAGACGCAUUAAGGAGGAAAAGGAAAAAGAAGUUCAAAGACUUAGAGAAUUACAAGAGAAAGCCUAGGACAGACAAGCCGAAAUCGACGCCCUAAGAGCCAAGAGAGCUUUCGAAGAAAGUGAGAGAAUCGCUAGAGAGAAAGAGAGAAAGGAACUUGAACACAAGUAGAAGGUAUUGAGAGAGCUCGAGGAAGCUAGACAACAGCAAUUCUUAGACAGAGAGAGAAGAUUAGCUGAGCAAGCUAAGUAAGAAAGAGAUGAAUUCAUGAGAAUCAUUCAGAAGCAAAAGGAAGUUGAAGAAUAGGAGAGAAGAAUUGAGGAGGAGAAGAAGGAAGUACUUAAGAAGCACUCUCAACAGCUUAGAUCUCAAAUUCAAACCAAUGAUGAGAAGGGCAAGCAAGAUAGACUUGACUACUUAGAGGAAGGUAGAAAGGUCAGAUAAAAGAUCGAGGAUGAGAAAAGAAAAAUUGAAGCAAUAAAGCAGAAGAAACUCGAGGCGCUAAAUAAUCUUGAGAUUCCUGAAAAGUACAAAGCUGAAUUAGCCAAGAAGAAGAUUUUGUGA